CUCUCUCUCUCUCGUGUCCUCUUCCCUCCCUCCCUUUCUUUUCCUUUCGUUUUCUCUUCUUCAGGUGCUACGCGCCGCUUGGGCCUUCGCUGAUCUUUCGUUUUCUGCAGUGCAAGCAGACGUUGACCGUCGCCUUUCUUUCCCCUUCUUCAAUCCUCACUUCUCGUUGCUCUGCCACUCUUGCGCUGGUCCUAUCGCUCUCCGGAAGAGAUUCUCCAUCUUUCCUCCCCGAGUUGACUCCAUCCGGCCGCUUGCCUCCCCGCUCAUUGCACUGACUCCCAUCUUCUAACAAGACAAAAUGGGUAUGAAGGUUCUGCACGGCUUCUACGCAUUCUUCAGCUUCUGCCUCCUCCUGUCCUCCAUCAUCGCCAUCGUCUUCUCCCAAGUAUGGCACAAGAAGAGCCUCUUGCUGAACAUGGUCUUCAGCGAUGCUGACCUGACCGCCGGUCUCGUCCUCGGUAUCGCUCUCGGUGUCACCUGGCUCCUCUCCGUCUUCGCCAUCGUCCAACGCAACCACGUUACUAUCGGCCUCGUUGCCCUCAACUGGUGUCUCAUUCUCGACUCCAUCGCUAUCACCGUCGUUGGUACCUUCGUGUGGUUCUACACGCUCCGCCAGCGCGCAGAGUUUCAUACGGUGUGGGCUGGCCUCCCGGAGUCGAGUCGCAUUACGCUUCAGGACCAGUUCUCGUGCUGCGGCUACUUCAACGCGUCGGACUUGAUCGCUAUCGGAGGCAACUUCUGCACGAGCCAGGAGAAGGCCGACCAGCUGAACACGACUGUGUUGAAGAACUUCUGCGUCACACCCAUCACCGCGUACAGCGAUGUCUCCCUGAACGAUGUUUUCACUUCCGUUUAUGGCUUCAUGGCGGUUGCAAUUUGUCUCUUCAUGACCUCCCUCUGUGUCAUCAAAGUGAGGCAAGAGAUCGAGCGUUUCAAGAGGAUCGACUCCAAACGCGGCGGCAGGGGCUUCGUCUAAGCGGCAUGCGACCCGCACCUUUCCACACUUCCGACCCCCACCCAACCCUCGCAUCUCAUUUUUCUCUCCGGAUUUCGCCCUUGCUACUAUAGUAGACCCGUUCACUGCUGUGUCAAUGUGUUACUCUUCCCAUGCUGUUGCUCUGCCAGAUUCCUUGUGACUCUGGGACAGAUUUUGACCUUUGUUCUUUUGUCUUGUUAGAGCCCCCCACCCGCUUUCGUGUCGAGCAACUCACUUUUUUCAUGUAUAUACCUGCAAGUUUAUUGUUCUCGGAAUCGGGACAGACUGAGAUAUACAAGGGUCAUUGUACUUUAUUGUGAGGCGACCUGCCUCCCACAUGAGACUUGCUGUCAGUAGGGUUUCG